UGUAAAGUUACCCUUUCAUAGCGAUGUUGUCUGGCUUCGCACUGCACCUGCUGAUAACUAUUGCUUCUGUCUUUAUGUUAUGUUUUCCAACAAUAAUUGAUGCGGGUUUAUUCCUUUUGGAAAACAGAGCAGUGGAACAACACCAAAGGGGAGCAGCUAAUGGUAUUGUCAUGAUUGCUAUGUCACUUUUCAAAGCAGUUGGCCCUGCUGGAGGUGGUGCAAUAUUAUCCUGGUCGCAGAAGCGAUUAAAUGCUUCCUUCCUUCCAGGUACACAUUUAGUGUUUUUUGUGCUGAACCUAGUAGAAGCACUGGGACUGCUCAUGAUGUUCAAACCAUUCCUGGCUGAGAAGAAGAAAACCCCAUCACAUCAAUAACAUGUUGCUUAAGCAUGU